AUGAAUCAAGGAAGUGGAGAUGCAGCUGAGAAGAGGAGUGAGCCGCCACCAUCCAAGAUUGAAGCUUUGGAUGGCUCCAACUAUGAGGAAUGGAGCGGGUGGAUGGGGAGCGCUUUCAAGCGCUACAAGCUGCUCAAAUUGGCUAUGGGGGAGGAGAAGAUGCCCGGGGAAGGAGAUGCCCGCAAUUGGUGGAUUCAGAAGAGUGCGGUGCUGUACGAACUCAUCCUCCAAUCAGUCAACAACGACAUGUUCCAGCACAUCAAAGAUUUGGUGGAGUUGGAUGAUUCCGGACCGAAGGCAUGGAAGCUGCUACGCGACGUGAUUCAGCCCAACACGCUGCCGAUGGUGAUUGUGUUGGACGAGUUGGCUGCCCUCUCCGUGAAACCGGGAGAUGAUGUGAAACCGGUCCUUGACAAGAUCAAGAACACCUAUGCGAGGAUGGCAGCGGCGGGCAGGGAAGUGUCGCAGAUGCAACAGUGCACCAAGAUCAUCUCGGUGCUCGACAACUCGUGGGACAACCUCAUCCCCACCCUCAACGUUCACCGGCGUGAGGGAUGGGCGCCCCCAGGCAUGAAGCCGCCAAGUGGUGAACGUGCACGAGGUGGCGCCGUGCAAGGUUCAGGUGCACAAGGUGAUGGUGCGCAAGGUAAAGCCGACCGUUGGAUGUUCCUCAUGGUUGAGGAUGUGCAAGGGAGUGGGGGUGAUGUGGGUUCAGUUGGGAAGGUUCUUAUGCACCCCCUCACCCACUGGGUGAUAGAUUCAGGUUGCACAAGUCACAUGACCCCACGGGCAGAUUUGCUUGACGAAGUAAAGCCCCCUGGGAAGAUAAAGUUUGUGACUACCACUUCAGGUGCUUUGCUCCCUGUGAUUGGUGUGGGGAAUGCCAAGGUCAUGGGAGCCAAUGGGGGGCUUGUGGGGCUGGGGAAUGUGCUGUUGGUUGAAGGUUUGUCUGCUAACCUUCUUUCCGUGCGCCGGCUGCAGAAAAGCAAGGCAAAAGUGACUUUCGGCCCAACCAGCUGCCGUACAAAGCUUGGGAAGUUCCUGCUGUGGAACUUGGAGGAGAAGAGCAGCUGCAUCAAGGACCUGUGGCAGCUGCCCAUCAUCCCUUGGAAGGGGAAACCACCAGCAACGGCAAAGGCAGCGGCGGCGGCUAAAGCAACUGCGGGAGGAGAGGAAAAUGCACCAGCUGCUGGGGCUGUCGAUGCAGUCAAGAAGGGCGAGGUGGCAGCGACUGUUCUCAAUGAGUGGAUGCCGAGAGCUCAAAGGGAGAGCGGACACAAGGUGAAGGUGAUCCGCACCGACAACGGAGGAGAGUUCAUUGGCAAUGAGUUUGAGGCGGUGCUGAAGAAGAAGGGGAUCCAGCAUCAGCUUACGGUGCCCUACAACCCUCAGCAGAACGACGUGGCUGAGCCGUUCAACAGGACUCUGCAAGAAGGUGCUCGAACUCUCCUUGGGCGUGCAGGGCUGCCGGAUCCGUUUUGGGUGACUGCACUGCGCCAGGUCGCCCUUGUGAAAAACAGGGUGCUGGCGACUGUGGGGGACAAGCAGUGGGUCCCAUACACCGAGUGGUAUGGGAGUGCACCAGCUGUGAACAUGCUGAGAGCCUUUGGGUGCAUGGUGGUGUUUCAUGUGCCUAAAGAGAAGAGGGGAAAGCUGGAAGCUUCUGGGAGAUGGGGUGUGCACUUGGGGCUUGCUAAGGAUCACAAGGGUUGGCUGAUUUGA